AUGCUUGAACAGUUGACCUCUUCUGAGCUAAGAGGGGUUGCACUUCGCUGGAGAAUACAUAAAAAGCUGAAGAAAUUAGAGAAUACGCUGUCAAAAAUUCAAGCUGUGCUCAUUGAUGCAGAGAACAAGCAAAUGAAAGACAUAAAAGUGGAAAAGUGGCUAGAUGAUCUCAAACAUGUGGCUUAUGAUGUAGAAGACAUACUGGACAAGGUCUCAACUGAAGCUCUCCGCCAAAAAUUGGAAGCAGAAGCCAAGAUAAAGCAGGUACGCAAGAAACUCAUUCCUUAUAAUUUACGUCCUCGUGUAGUUUCAUUCAAGUUUGGGAUAGUAUCUAAGAUAAGUACGAUAAAUAAAGAGUUGGAAGAAAUUGCACUAGAGAGAGAUCGUCUUGGCUUACAAGAGGGAGUUGGAGCAGAGUCAGUUCGAGUUGAACAGAGACGGCCAACAAGUUCCUUGUUAAAUGAGUCUCUUGUUUAUGGAAGAGAGGAAGACAAAGCAAAGAUAAUCAAGUUGCUACUGUCUGAUGAACAUAAUCAUAAUGGGGCCCUAGUAAUUCCCAUAGUUGGUAUGCCUGGGGUUGGAAAGACCACCCUUGCUCAGCUUGUGUAUAAUGGUGAUAGCGUAAAGCAAUAUUUUGAUCUAAAAGCAUGGGUAUAUGUUUCAGAGGGCUAUAACAUGUUGACAUUAACAAAAGCAAUUCUGGAGUCUGCUACAGGGCAAUCUUGUAAUCUUAAUGAAUUAGAUUCACUUCAAGCUAAUCUUAAGAAGGAAUUAAAGGACAAGAAAUUUUUACUUGUUUUGGAUGAAGUCUGGAAUGAGAACUAUAACGAUUGGUGUGCCCUCCUAUCUCCUUUCAGAGGUGGGAUACAAGAAAGUAAGAUCAUAGUAACUACAAGAAGUGAAACUGUUUCAUCCGUUGUGGGCAAUGUUCAUGCCUACAAACUGAAUGUCUUAUCAGAGAAAGACUGCUUCUUGUUAUUUAAACAACAUGCAUUUGUGGAUGGAAUAUCAGAAACAAAUCCAAACUUGGAAGAACUUGGCCGUGGAAUUGUAGGAAAAUGCAAUGGUUUGCCUUUGGCAGCAAAGACACUUGGAGGUCUCCUGCACUCCAAAGUAGAUGUAAAUGAGUGGAGAAACAUCCUAGAAAGUGAAUUAUGGGAAUUACCAGAGGACCGAAGUGAGAUUCUUCCUGCCCUAAGAUUGAGUUACCAUCAUCUUCCAGCACACCUGAAGCGGUGCUUCGCCUAUUGUUCUAUUUUUCCAAAGGGCUAUGAAUUUGAGGAGACAUUAGUAUUCUUGUGGAUGGCAGAGGGUUUUGUCCAACCAAAUGAAAGGAAGCAUAUGGAAGACAUAGCUGGAGGAACUUGUUUCAGGUUAGAGGAUGGAAAUAAGAGCAAUAAUAGGGCAAACAAAAUUCCUGAGAAGGCUAGACAUUCAUCAUUUCUUCGUGGACAGUAUGAUAGAAUAACAAAGUUUCAGGCCUUUCAUGAGCUAAAGCUUCUACGGACCUUCUUACCAUUAACAAGAAGAGAGGACAAAAUCUCCAAUAAGCGAGUUAGGCAAAAUUUCACACCUCCAAGGGAACAUUCACAUUUCAAAGUUAGAGAAUGUAGAUGCAUUCAAUUGACUGAUGCAAGUCGUGCCAACUUAAAGGAUAAACUACACAUUCAAGGGCUUAAAUUGGAAUGGAGUGGUGCAUCUAGUUUCCAUGAAGAUGUGCUUAGGGUGUUGCAACCUCAUAUGAACUUGAAGGAGCUCUUCAUCAGCUCCUAUCUUGGUGAAUUUUUUCCAAGUUGGAUUGGUGAUCAGUCCUUGUCCAAUUUAGUGAUCCUGAAACUCUUUAAAUGUAGCAAAUGCAAGUCACUACCCCCACUUGGGCAACUACCCAUGCUCAAAGAUCUCUAUAUUGAAGGAAUGCAUAGAAUUAACUGUGUGGGUCGCGAGUUUUAUGGGGAUUGUUUGGAUAAAACUUUCCCAUCAUUGGAGAUACUAUCUUUCAGGGAGAUGCUUGGGUUGGUGGAAUGGUUUGGAUUGGGAGAAGAGAAAGAAUUAAAAGGCAUUGAAGAAUUUCCUAAUCUCACUAAGCUUACUAUGCAAAACUGUCCCAAGCUACAAAAACUAUCACCUUGUUUCCCUGCCCUUGUAUCACUAGAGGUAAAAGAUUGUAAGGCAUUGAUUGCCCUUCCAAAACUCCUUCCCUCAUCUGUAAGUACAGACCAACCUAGCAAAAGGUUUAAGAAAGGUCAACGAUCCUCAAGUGAAAGAGGUGAUGAGCUGACCCCUCAUCUUUGUGAGCUCGUUAUUGGGGAUUGUCUCAAGCUGAGGGAGGCACCCUUCCCGCUACCUUUCAUGACAAAACUUGAGAUUCGUGGCUGCUCAGUGCACCAUUUCUACGGACAAGAGGAGAGUAAUAAACUUCUACUAGAAGGUUUUGCAGAGAUCACCUCACUCAACUCAUUCCAUAUUUCUGAAUUUGUUAACACAUUUCCCACAGGGAUUUCUUCAAGCCAUGAUUGCACUCGAAGACUUAGAAAUUUGUAA